CGUAUCAUUCCUUUAGCGUAAAGCUGCGCGACGUGAAAAUAGUUCCUGUCGGACGAUCGAAGUAUCUGAGUUAAGGACGGUGAUAGGAAAGGAAAGAAAACUUGAACACGGGAUGUAUGGCGCUAAGCUUUAGUCGUAUAUGUCAGAGAGAGAGAGAGAGAGAGAGAGAGAAAGAGAGAGAUAGGAACAGAAAGGGGGAGAGAGAGAGAGAGAAAGAGAAGGAAAGAAAAUAAGAAUAGGAGGGACGAGUCAGCUUCGGAUUGGUCCGAAGUAAGGGUCCUCGAUAUCAGGGUAGCGCGAAGCGCGCGAAUCGCCCCGAGCGCGGGCCAUCGAACUUCUUGAGAGAGAAGGGAGUCUGUACAUGUGUGUAUACGUGUGUACGAGAGAAAAAGAGAUAGAGAUAGAGAGAGAAAGAUAGACUAGAUUUUCGAAGGGUGACGUAAUCGUCCCGUCGAGUCUCACGCACGCUCGUCAAUGCGUCGCCUCGUCGCUUUGAGUUGGUGCGGCUUUCGUACGGGAAGGUGUGCCGUUUUCGAUACACAAUUUCGUGUCCUUGACAUAUCGCGAGGCCAAGUGUAAAAGAGUUUUCUUCGUGCGGUCGCAGCAUGUUUCUGGCGGUGUGCUUUGGUAAAACGGUACUACGCGGUGCGACAUGUCGGAAUGAGAGAGCAAAGCAUUACGUACAUUCGACGGUGCGUUCACGGUGAGCAAACUGUGUAUCGUUAAUUACGAUAGCGUGUUACUACCGGUGUGUUACUUUUUCGAUAUAUUCGUGGGUGUUAGAAAAAAAUUUCCAAAAUUAUUUUAUGUCUUUAACGAGCGUCGAUUGAAAUAAUCAUUGAUCGUGAAUUAAAUUUGAUAAAAGACGUUAAUCGAAGACGAAUAGAAACGAGGUGUGGCAAGAAGAAAGAAAGAAAAAAAGAAAAGAAAAGUCAAGACACAGUGCGGUAGGAUAGAAUAGGAGUGAUAAAAAAGUGAAACAGUUUGAAGGAGGGAGAAAGUACGAUAGUCGAGAAAGCCGGCGAGAAGACAUCCGAGAUAGAGGGCGCUCAACGGGCCCGGCGUCUACGGACGGCCCUGAAACCGGCGGCGGCGGAGUGAUUCGCGACGCGUCGUGGGGGCCCUCAGCUGUUUCCCGCCAAAGAUCGCCAUUACAAAACGCGUUCGGCCGUUGUGUGUGAGAGGAUCGCGCGCGCCGUAGUGACUGGUUCAAUGGUGGAAUAUCUCAGUGCAUUGCCACUACAGUCGUGACGAGCCCGCUCGUUUUAUCGUCGACGUCUCAAUAUCGUCCUCAUUGUGUCGGUUUGAGUUCGUCGAGAAAUCUUGUAAAAUAAGGUGAGAGAAAUAAAGAGAGAGAGAGAGAGAGAGAGAGAGAGAGAGAGAGAGAGAGAGAGAGAGAGAGAGAGAGAGAGAGAGAAAGGGGGUAAAGAAAGAGACAGAAAAAGACAGAAAGAGAGAGAGAGAGAGUUCUCAUCUGUCGCGUGUCACGCGUAGACAUAAGCACGUAACAAUUCGCCGUCGUGUCAAGGAGAGCGUGCGCGCGCGCGCGCGUUCUCUCUUUCCGGGCCGUAGUGGAGUGUGUCGUCGUGCGAGAGGUGGAAGAAGAAGAAGAAGAAAAGGAGGAGGAGGAGGAGGAGGAGGAGGAAGAAGAGGAGGCGGCGGCGGCGGUAGCGGCGGAGGAGGAGGAGGAGGCGGAAGCGACGUUUUCUCGCGUCUACCGCGACAACGGCGGCUGCUGCUGGGAGCUGGUGGAGUCGCGGGCCGGGAUUCUCGGUGCGCUGCAAGAUAUGUCAGUGUUCACUGCCGACGAUCGGAUUUUGCUCGAGGAAAUCGUCGAGGCGAGCACCGAGGAACACGAGGCUGAACUCUGCGGUAGUAUCGAGAAAGUGGAGGAGAGCUCGGUGACGAGCGUGGCGGCCGUUGAGGCCGCGGAUACUCAACAACAACAACAACAACAACAAUCAAAGAGUAACACAGUAACAGCUCGUCGUGUAGGUGGCCAAAACGUUGCUUCGGGUAAUACCGGUGCUGGCGGUGGUAAUAACGUUGGACGUGUCACACCGCGUAGCCACAUGGAGCAGGAAAAGCGGAUGCGGCGAGAAAUCGCCAACAGCAAUGAGCGACGUCGUAUGCAGAGUAUCAACGCCGGUUUCCAAUCUCUUAGGACGUUGCUACCACAUCACGAGGGCGAGAAACUUUCCAAGUCGGCACCAAUGUGUUAUAUUGCAUUUUCAAACUUUUCUUUAUGACUCUGUCAUGCUCGAUGAUAUUUUCUCUCGCAUCUCUUAAUGGAUCUUGCAGUGGGCCUAACAUAGAAAUCAUUUGCGUCGAUUAAUUCUUGUGAAAUGGUAAUAAUAAGAGACCAAUCAGAUAUCAUGUCAUUGAUCAUAUUUAAAGUCUCUCUUUUUUUUUUUUUCUUUUUUUUUAUCCAACAUGAAAGAAGUUACCCGAUUGACAUAUUUACAGGGACAAUAUGUUGAAUUUACCCUGUAGUCGCGAUCCUAUUUAAUAAUACUUCCUCCAAUAUGUUAUCUGUGCUGGAGGAAGGAUCGAUUUAGUUUGAUUACCAUCAAACAAGUUCCUUCCCUCUGUUUUUUUUACCUUUCCUUUAUUUUUUUCUUUUCUUUUCUUUUGUUUAUUUUUUUUUCUUUUUUUUUUUUUUUUCUUUUACAUUUUCUCUCCUUCUUUCAUCACAUGUCUCGUCAUAUAUUUGGAACUGUCUAUGUACAUAACUCAUCAUGCCGUUAAAGCACUUUGUUUCGAGAGGAAGAUAUUGCAUGAGAAGCAAGAUCUCGAAUAGCCUUCCACCGAUCAAUGGUGUUCCAUUUUGACGAAAUAUUAUAUAUAUACUUUCACGCACGUGAUACAUCCAUUACACGAAUCAUUUAUAAAUAUAAAACAUAUUUAUAUAUAAUAUGUUUAAGUUGUAUACGUUAAAAUACGAAGGAAGGAUUGAAACAGUUUGAAGGAUAAAAGAACGAAUUGUUUUUGUAUUUAACACUUUAUAAUUUUAUA